GCUUCUCUCUCUCUGUAAGUCUGUCUCCUGAGCCUUGCCCAAAAAGGACACAAUGCUUCGAGGAAGGACUGUGAGAUGCUGCCUUUUGCUGAUGCUCUUGACCAUCCUGCCAACACGGCCUGCAUUGGAAGUUCCCAAUGUGGCUCUUGAUGGUAAGGCGUCGCAGUCCAGUAUCUACAAUGAUCUUGGAAAGCCUGAGAAUGCCAUUGAUGGGUCACCAUCUACUAACUAUAUGGAUGGCCACUGCACACACACAAAACUAGAACUGAAUCCAUGGUGGACAGUGGAUUUGGGAGCAGAGUUCCGUGUGUCCAGUGUUAGCAUCACCAAUCGAGGAGACUGCUGUGCACUGCGAAUAAUUGGGGCUCAAAUCCGAAUUGGAAACUCACCAGGAAAAGGUGGAAGUCCAAGGUAG